AUGGCCGACCCGCAAUUUAUCCUCGGCACCUCCAUCUCCGAAAUGCUCACCGGCAUGGAGCUACACGGCGAGGACCCUCAGAAGCUGGACCUCGGCACAAACUAUCUGCUUUACUUUGUGUACGACUACCUUCCGCACCCGCCGGUCUCCCCCACCGCCACCCUCUUGCCCUCCGGCUUGGCGUUGGUCCCCGACGGCGUCGACCGCAUCAGCCGCCUCUCCGAUGCGGUCCUCCGCGAAAUCGUCUCCCGCCUCCCCGCCAAGGACGCCGCGCGCACCGCCGCCCUCUCCUCGCGCUGGCGCCCCCUCUGGCGCGCGGCGCCCCUCUCCCUUGUCGACAGCCACCUGCUUCCGGACGGCGGCGCGUCCGGGCCGCAAAUCCUCGGGGCUCCCUCUCCCCGCGCCGUCACCGCCGCGGUGUCCAGCGCCCUGGCAGCGCACCCGGGGCCCUUCCGCUGCGUCCACCUCACCCGCAGCACGAUGGAGGAGCACCGGGGCGAGAUGUCGCGCUGGCUCGACAUCCUCGUUGCCAAGGGGGUCCAAGAGCUCGUCUUUGUCAACCGCCCUUGGCCGCUAGACCUGCGCCUCCCCGCCACGAUCUUCGGCUGCGCCUCUCUCACCCGCCUCUAUCUCGGCGUGUGGAGGCUCCCGGACACCGCCGCCGUACCGCGCGGCGCCAGAUUCCCCAACCUCAAGGAGCUCGGCCUCUGCAUGAAUGUCAUGGAGGACCAUGAUCUGGCAUUCAUGCUUGAAAGAAGCCCCGUCCUGGAGUUCCUCGUCCUCAUGGGGAGCCAGACCGGAGUGCGCCUCCGCCUUGUCAGCCAUAGCCUGCGGUGCGUUCAGCUGGGGUUCACCAUGUUGGAGGACAUCGACGUGGUGGAUGCCCCUCGCCUGGAGAGGCUCUUUCAGUGGCAAAUUGUCUCUCCGGGACAGGUCGCCAUGAACUGCUCUUCCAGGAUCAAAAUUGGCAGUGCACCUAACCUCCGUGUGGUGGGAUACCUUAAGCCAGGAGAUCAAGAGCUGGGGAUUAGCAACACCGUCAUCGUGGCUGGGGCCAAGGAGAGCAUUGUCCCUAGUGUCCAAAUUUUGGCCAUAGAGGUGCAGUUCGGCCUCCGCAAUGCUGUCAAGAAAGUGCCUGGCUUUCUCAGAUGCUUCCCUAACCUGGAGACGCUCCAUGUCUAUGUAAAACUGCCCCGCCGCAUAUCUGAAGAGUCCACUGGCAAGGUCAAUCUGAAGUUCUGGCAGGAGGGCGGUCCCAUGAAAUGCGUCGUGCAGAGCAUGAAGAAGGUGUUCUUCUAUGAGUUCCAAGGGUCGAGAAGCGAGCUUGGUUUCCUCAAGUUCAUCGCGGAGAGAGGUCGGGUGCUGGAGCAAAUGGUAGUUGUGGUGGCCAGCAAAUGUUUCUCCUCUGGCGAGGAUAAUGUGAGGGCCAAGCUGAAGCCUCUAACGAGCGCGAAUUGGAGCAGCAAAGCUUGCAAAGUAGAGUUCUCCAAGAGCCCGCACACUGAAUCUGGAAGUCCUAUUUACAGCAACAAGAUAGCUUCUGAUUUUGGGUUUGCUGACCCUUUUGACCUCCUCGAGUACCACUAG